AUGAGUGCCAACGAAGACCAGGAGAUGGAACUAGAAGCUUUGCGUUCUAUUUAUGAAGGAGAUGAAAGUUUCCGGGAAUUAAGUCCAGUUUCAUUUCAAUAUAGGAUAGGUGAAAAUGGUGAUCCCAAAGCCUUCUUAAUAGAGAUUUCCUGGACAGAAACAUAUCCCCAAACACCUCCAAUUAUAUCUAUGAAUGCUUUUUUUAACAACACCAUAUCAUCAGCUGUAAAGCAGAGUAUAUUAGCCAAGUUACAGGAAGCAGUUGAAGUUAAUCUUGGAACUGCUAUGACCUAUACGUUAUUUGAAUAUGCCAAGGACAAUAAGGAACAAUUCAUGGAGAAUCACCAUCCCAUUAAUUCUACAACAUCCAUAAGCAAUAUCAUCUCAGUUGAAACUCCUAAUGCAGCCCCAUCAAGUAAGAAAAAAGACAAAAAAGAACAACUUUCAAAAGCUCAGAAACGUAAACUGGCAGAUAAAACAGAUCACAAAGGAGAACUUCCUCGAGGAUGGAACUGGGUUGAUGUGGUUAAGCAUUUAAGCAAAUCUGGUUCUAAAGAUGAUGAAUAACACCUGGAAUUUGAGACAAGGGGAGCACAUCCUCUACAAAAGUAAACAGGGUUCAAAAUCUACCAUUACAAGAUUUCUGGUAUUGAGGUGGUUUUUUAUAAAACAUAGUUUUUUGUAUGUUUCUUACAUUUAAAAUGUAAGCUAAAACUUCAUGAAGAGAUGUGGUUAUAUUAAAUAAUCUUCACAAACUUGCCUUAAUAAAAGGUGAAAAUG